UCUGCCACACCAACCCGUGCCUCAACGGGGCGCGCUGCCUAGAGGCCGAGGGCCACCGCCUGUGCCAGUGCCCUUCUGAUUAUGCCGGAAGCCUCUGCGAAGUGGACCUCAAGGCGAAAUGCUACCAUGGCCGCGGGGUAAGCUACCGCGGCACCGCCCAAACUACGCUCUCGGGCGCGAAGUGCCGGCGGUGGGCCUCAGAGGCCACCUACUGGAACCUGACAACAGAGCAAGCGCUGGCCUGGGGACUGGGCGACCACGCCUUUUGCCGGAACCCAGAAAAUGACAUCCGCCCUUGGUGCUUUGUGUUCAAUGGCGACCGGCUAAGCUGGGAAUAUUGCCAUUUGGCACCGUGCCAGGCCCUCACCCAGGAGAUGCCUCAGAUUUGGACUCUGGCACAGGACACCGGGCCCCAGGACUUCCCCUUGCCUUCGUCUUCGGUUCUGCAGAAGCCUCAGCCCACGCGCCAGAGCCCGCCUCAGUCCUCGGCCCCAGUGGCACACAAACAUCCGAUUAGCCUGACCACGACCCACCAGGAGGACCUGGUCAGCUGCGGACAGCGGCUCCGGAAACGGCUGUCCUCCCUGAGCCGCAUCGUCGGGGGACUGGUGGCACUACCUGGGGCACACCCCUACAUCGCCGCGCUGUACUGGGGUGAAAAUUUCUGCGCCGGCAGUCUCAUCGCCCCCUGCUGGGUGCUGACCGCGGCUCAUUGCCUGCAAAACCGGCGA